AUGGCGGCCUCCGUCCUUGCAGACGACCGUUCGAAACGCUACGAAAAGAUAGAGUUUCUGGGCGAAGGGCAGUUUGCUACGGUUUACAAAGCCAAAGAUACAGAAGACAAGAGUAGAAUUGUUGCUGUCAAGAAAAUAAAGCUAGGUCAUCGGAGUGAAGCUAAAGAUGGCGUCAAUCGAACUGCCCUCAGAGAAAUUAAACUACUCCAGGAGUUGAAACAUGACAACAUAAUUGGGUUAUUGGAUGUAUUCGGCCAUAGAUCUAACAUCAGUCUGGUAUUUGAUUUUAUGGACACAGAUCUGGAGGUGAUAAUACAAGAUAACAGUUUAGUCUUGAAACCAGGAGAUAUUAAAGCUUAUACGAUCAUGACCUUAAAAGGACUGGAGUAUCUACACAGACAUUGGAUUCUACACAGAGAUAUGAAGCCAAACAAUCUACUGAUUGAUACGAGAGGUGUUCUUAAGAUUGGAGAUUUUGGUCUGGCCAAGUUCUAUGGUAGUCCUAAUAGAGUUUACACACAUCAAGUUGUUACAAGAUGGUACCGUUGUCCAGAGCUACUGUUUGGAGCUCGUAUCUACGGUGUCGGUGUGGAUAUGUGGGCACUUGGAUGCAUUCUUGCCGAGCUUCUUCUUAGAUUACCGUUCCUACCUGGAGAAUCAGAUCUAGAUCAACUCACAAGAAUCUUCCAGACAUUGGGAACAGUUACUGAAGAACAAUGGCCUGGAAUGUCGUUGCUACCAGACUACAUCGAGUUCAAGAAGUUUCCUGGCACACCUCUAAUGGACAUCUUCUCAGCAGCUACUGAUGAUCUACUGGAGGUCUUAGCUGCUUUACUUUGUAUUAAUCCAUCUAAGAGAUGCACAGCUUCUCAGGCGUUAAAGAUGAAAUAUUUCAGUAACAAGCCAGCUCCUUCUCAGGGUCCUAAGCUACCUAUGCCUGGUGCCCCAUCAGCCGUCUUCAAAGAACAGCCACUUAUAAGACCAGGUGUUAAGAGAAAACAACCAGAUGAGUCAGGUAACCAGACCAGUCGAUUAUCAAAGAGGCUUGUCUUCUGAAGACCCAGCUGGAAAAAGAACUGGAAUAUUGCCAUUUUGUGCCGGUGGGAAGCCUUUGAGCUUGACUACUCGUUCAACUGAUGACAUUCAUCCAGCAUUUAGCAAACGGCUGGUUGGUAUCAAGACCCGGUUUCAUAAAGGUGCUAAGCAGGAAAUACAACUUAGCAAAUAUUUGCUAAGCAAAAAUUGAUCCGUGUAUGAGGAUCAAGUACUUCUAGUUAUGCUAAGAUUACACAAAGUGUACUUGAACAAUAUUUAUCUACAUCUUAUCUUCAAUCUAGAUGCAAUGUUACUUUACCUUGUAACAUCUAACGUCAACACAUUAUAUCAAUCUUAUGAAUUUGAUUCAUGAAGUAAAAACUUUGGAACACCAGUCGUAGUGACAGUUUCAAAGUCAUUGCUGUUUCUUUCCCUUCACCGUCGUCGUCUUAAUGACUGGCAUCCUGUCUCAAUCCAUCCAGAUUCUCUAAUUAGGGCAAACGUUGAUGAAUAACGUAACAUGUGUAGAUUUACUGAGACAACCCUACUCAAUUUACUCCUGACAUAAUUAUAUAGCUCUUUAAUUGUGCCCUUCUAGGGAAAGGGGAGAAGGAUCAAUUCAAUUAGCGAGGAAUAAGCUUUGACCAGGAAAAUAAAUAGGCCAGCAUUUUGCUUGUAUUUUGGGUCAUUAUUUCUAGGACAUUGAUUGGAGUUCCCAAAUCCUCCGAAACCCUAUGCAGGAAGUUGAUUGAGGUUGUGGGGUUUUGGUCUGCAGGACCAAGUAACGAUUUCUAUUAUUGGAACAGGCAUAACGAUCUUAUCUUAGUCUUAAGAGUGUAGGAUUUUAGAGGUUAUAGGUGGGUCUUUAGACAAUGACAAGGGAGGUUAGGACUUAAGGCUUUAACUUGUAAAAGUUAAUGAGCAAACGGCAAACUUGUAGCGACCGCACUGUAAACUGACUGAUUUGUAGUUAACAUCCCAAAGCUGAUCAGUGGCACAAUUAGAUUGUGCGUAGCUUUUGCCAAGUAAUAGUAGCAUUUCGUAACCAACCAAAAUACGUUAUGAUGUUAACUGUGUGUGAAUGGUUCCUGAAUGUGCGCUUUAGAGGAACAACGAUAUUAAGCGCCUAAUACGUUGUGUAUCCACUAAGCAAUUUUGUUAUCUGCUUAAGUCAUGAAAUUGAACCAGACCAGUCUAAAGUACCGAAUUCCAAACUGUAAAACAAGUAUUUCAAAAUAUAACUGGCUGUUGCAAACUACCACCAACCAAAAAUGAGUGGUCUGAUAUCUUUACCCUACUGAACUUGUGGCCGUACUUCAAAAGUUUAAGGACAGACUUUAUAUAACAUUCUGAAUGUUUCAAAGAGGGUUAAAGGAAGUGGACACUAUUGGGAAUUACUCAAAAUAAUUAUUGGCAUAAAACCUUUCCUGGUGACGAGUAAU